UUCCCCAAUCCCUCGGCUGUCCUCUUCUCCCCCUCUUCCGUGCUGCAACCCCACGUACUCCCAAGAAAUGGCAGGGCUGUUUGUUGUAGUCUAGCGCGAGCCAUUCCGAGGGGCAGAUACGAGUUCUUUCUCCCGUCGCAAUGGCGGCCGUGCGGGCGGCGGCGGUGGCGGUGCUGCUGGCGGCCGUGGCCGUGGCGGCGGCCGCGCUGAACACGGACGGCCUGGCGCUUCUCGCGCUCAAGUUCGCGGUGACCGAUGACCCUGGCAGCGGUCUCGACACCUGGAGGGACGCCGACCCCGACCCCUGCGGCUGGGCCGGCGUCACCUGCGUCGACGGCGGCGGGGGCCGGGUCGCCGGCGUCGAGCUCGCCAACCUCUCGCUCGCGGGCUACCUGCCCUCCGAGCUCUCCCUGCUCUCCGAGCUCGAGACGCUGGCGCUGCCGUCCAACCGCCUCUCCGGCCAGAUCCCGGUCGCCAUCUCCGCGCUGCAGAAGCUCACCACCCUAGACCUGGCGCACAACUUCCUGUCCGGCCAGAUUCCCGCCGGGAUUGGGAGGCUCGCCUCCUUGUCCCGCCUCGAUUUGUCCUCCAACCAGCUCAACGGGACGCUCCCGCCGUCCAUCGCGGGGCUUCCGCGUCUCUCCGGCGUGCUCAACCUCAGCUACAACCAUUUCGUCGGCGGGAUCCCGCCGGAGUUCGGCGGCAUUCCCGUCGCUGUCAGCCUUGACCUCCGGGGGAACGACCUCGCCGGCGAGAUCCCGCAGGUGGGCUCGCUCGUCAACCAGGGCCCCACCGCCUUCGACGACAACCCGAGGCUCUGCGGGUUCCCGCUCAAGAUCGAGUGCGCCGGGGAGAGGGAUGAGCCAAGAAUCCCGCAGUCGAACCCUGGCAUGAACCCUGGUGCGGCGGCGCAGGUUGGGAGGCCGCCGAAGCGUCGGUCGUCGCCCACGGUGCCGAUUCUUGCCGUCAUUGUGGUGGCGGCCAUCGUCGCAGGGCUAGUGCUGCAGUGGCAGUGCCGGAGGCGGUGCGCUGCGACGACCAGGGACGAGGAGAAGGAGUCGUCGACCAAGGAGAAGAGCGCGGCGGUGACGCUCGCCGGCACUGAAGAGCGGCGCGGCGGCGGGGAGGAGGGGGAGCUGUUCGUGGCCGUGGACGACGGUUUCGGGAUGGAGCUGGAGGAGCUGCUCCGGGCGUCCGCCUACGUCGUGGGGAAGAGCCGCGGCGGCAUCGUGUACAGGGUCGUCCCCGGCCGCGGCACCGCCGUGGCCGUCCGCCGUCUCAGCGAGCCCGACGACGGCGAUGGCACUGAGUCCGGGUGGCGCCGGCGCCGUGCCUUCGAGGCCGAGGCUGCCGCCAUCGGCCGCGCGCGCCAUCCCAACGUCGCCCGCCUCCGCGCAUACUACUACGCCCCAGACGAGAAGCUGCUAAUCUACGACUACCUCGGCAAUGGCUCCCUCCACUCCGCCCUCCACGGUGGCCCGACGGCUUCGCCAACGCCAUUGCCGUGGUCGGUGAGGCUGUCCAUCGUGCAGGGCGCGGCGAGGGGGCUGGCAUACCUGCACGAGUGCAGCCCUCGCCGGUACGUGCACGGCUGCAUCAAGUCGUCCAAGAUCCUGCUCGACGACGAGCUCCGUCCGCACGUCUCCGGCUUCGGCCUCGCUCGCCUCGUCGCCGGCGCGCACAAGACGGCGCAGUCGAGGAAGCUCGGCAGCGCGGCGUGCGCGCUCCGCAGCGGCGCCCUGUCGGCGCUGUCGUACGUGGCGCCGGAGCUGCGCGCGCCGGGGGGCACGGCCGCGGCGGCGACGCAGAAAGGGGACGUGUUCGCGUUCGGGGUGGUGCUGCUGGAGGCGGUGACCGGGCGGCAGCCGACGGAGGGGGAGGGCGGGCUGGAGCUGGAGGCGUGGGUGCGGCGAGCCUUCAAGGAGGAGCGGCCGCUGUCGGAGGUGGUGGACCCGACGCUGCUCGGCGAGGUGCACGCCAAGAAGCAGGUCCUCGCCGUGUUCCACGUGGCGCUCGGCUGCACCGAGCCCGACCCGGAGCUGCGCCCCCGCAUGCGCGCCGUCGCCGAGAGCCUCGACCGGGUGAACUAGUCCGGCGAUCCAUCAUCAAUCAUUCCGGGGAACGGAAGCCAUGACCCGUCAUUCUCGUCGACCAUCAGCAGCAGUAGUUCCUGAAAUCCUUAGCUCCGCAGAUUAGCAUCAUUUGCCAACGUUAUUAGGUUUAGAGAGACGGUGAAGAAACCAGCCAAGAAUCGUUCGCUGAUGUGCGUUUGGUACUCCUUUUUUUGUAGCUGCAAUCUUCGCGGCCGUGUAUGUAUGUAACCGAUGAUCAUGAUCUGGACAAUUUGCAUCCUCCUUUCGCUA